UGGGACCCGCCCGACCCCGUGGGGAGAGUUGGUGGGGAAAGUCGGGGAUAUCCACUGCCCCGAGUCACCAACGGAGAGCAGGUGGAGGAUAGGCGCGUGCGGUGUGGAGAGCCCAGAGAGUGCCUGGGAGAUCUGGAGGCGCAGGGGCAAACGAGCACGCAGACGGCGGGAUUGGGAAAAGGGGUCAAGAAAAGGUGGUGA